GGGCCGGAAAGGUGAGGGCGGGGCCCGGCCCUGGCCCGGCGCUGUCCCGGCGCUCCCGAUCCCGAUCCCGGCCCUAUCCCGGCCCUGUCCCGGUGUUCCCGAUCCCGGCCCGGUGUUCCCGAUCCCGGCCCGGCCCGUGCCGGCGUUCCCGGCCCCGCCAUGCGCAAGUUCUUCCAGGAGAUCAAGGCCGACCUGAAGUUCAAGACGGCGGGGCCCGGGCAGAAGCUCUCGGAGCCGUCCCGGGCCCCCAGGGAGAAGCCCAAAGCCGAGGCGGCCCCCAAGCCCCGCCAGGCCCCGACGGACGAGGCUCAGAUGGCGGCGGCCGCGGCGCUGGCCCGGCUCGAGCUGAAGCCCAAGGGAAAGGCGCCUUCCUGCUCCCAGGAAUCCAUCAAGAACCAGGUGAGGAGAGAGCUGAUGGCCGAGGCAGCUGCCAGCGAGAAGGGGCUCCCCGAGGAGGAGAAGGAGCAGGAGGAAGGGGCAGCUGCUCCCUCUGUCUCGGGGGUCUAUUUUAUCUGCCCCUUGACCGGUGCCGUCGUGAGGAAAGACCAGAAGGAAAAGCACCUCCGGGAAGCCAUCCAGGCAUAUUUCUCUGUGGAUCCAGUGGCUGCUUCCAUCAUGGAGAUCCACACCUUCAACAAGGACCGGGAGAAGGUCCGGGUGGGCGUGGAGACCAUGGCCAAGUACCUGGACAACAUCUACCUCCAUCCAGAGGAGGAGAAAUACCGGAAAAUCAAACUGCAGAACAAGGUGUUUCAGGAAAGGAUAAGCUGCUUGGAAGGGGCACACAAGUUUUUCCAGGCCGUGGGGUUUGAGACAAAAACGCUGCCUGUUCCAGGACAAGACAGCCCCGAGGAGCAGGAGCAGUUCUACGUGCUCAGGGAGGAGGUUUUGGCCAGGCUGGAGCAGCUCAAGGACUCCAAGGAGCAGCUGCUGAGCUCGGAGCCGCUCCGGGCCCGGCUGGACCGGCAGCUCCGCGUGUUCCAGCCCUCCCCACAGGCCGCCCGCUUCGAGCUGCCCGACGACUUCUACAACCUGAGCGCAGACGAGAUCCGCAGGGAACAGCGGCUGCGGACAGAGGCGGUGGAGAAGGCGUCGAUGCUGAGGACGAGAGCCAUGAGGGAGAAGGAGGAGCAGAGGGAGAUGAGGAAAUACAACUACACCCUGCUCAGAGUGCGCUUUCCUGACGGAUACAUCCUCCAAGGGACUUUUUAUGCCCGAGAAGCAGUGUCUGUGCUCUACAGCUUUGUGAGGGAAGCACUCAGAGAUGACUGGCUGCCCUUUGAGCUCCUGGGACCUGGAGGGCUCAAACUCACUGAUGAGAACUUGGCCUUCAAUGAGUGUGGGCUGGUGCCCUCGGCCCUCCUGAGCCUGUGCUGGGACGCAGCAGUCAUGGCAGACAUCGAGGCAGCAGGAGAGGAGCAGCCCCGGAGCCCCCUGAGGCCGGAGCUCCUGGCCGGGGUGCAGACCCUCCCCUGAAAUAAAGGGCAGUGGGUUCAGU